GAUCAGCUUUACAGGUUAAAAUCGUUAGUGUUGUCAUUUCCGUGACAUAGACGUUGAAUCUUGUAUUCAAGUGAUGACUAUCUCGGCUUUGAUUUACAGAGUCACAUCGUCUGAACAAACCGAGCAGGCAGCCAUAGCCUGCGCUUUAAAGGUACAAACUUUGUGCGCUAUCGAGGCAAGCUAGGGAGUCGUAUAUGCCGUUCGAGACCUCACCAACUCAUGGGUCCCAGCAUUGACCAGAAGGGGGAAUCGCACCGAAUUUAUUGGCAAACGUGGACGGGCAAUUCGCAACCAGGAUCCAGCUCGCGCCGCGAAUUGGUCACUUCAUCAGCGGCCGUCCGACUCUUCCCCGCAGCUCGGGCAUUAGAUGUGACGACGUUACUCCGUAAAACGAUCCAGUUGCCGACUCUGUCCGAGGAGAACUCGAGUUUGGAGACGGAUUCUUUAGUCCUGGUCGGGACACUCUACUCCUUACCACGAGAUUAUGUACAGUUUGAGCACGAAAGUCUUGCUUCCGUAGAUUUUCUCUCGACAAAGCAGACAAUUGAUUCUUUCGCUGUGACCGUGAGCACAUCUUUGGAGCCUUUGGUGUACACUGCUCAUUCAAGGUCCGAUCCGUUUCAUGUGGUCUUUAGCCUCAAACCUUCGGACAGUCCAUUGGAUGCCCGGGAUCGCAUGAACAUGCAUUUAAAGCACCUGCAGUCUCAUCAAGUACUCGGAAGAACAAUCAUUUCGCCCAAACUACAAUGGUACUACGUCCCGGCCCUUUCGCCUGGAUUAAGCACAGGUAGCAAUUCUUCUCUCGGUUCUUCCGAAAAUGUACCAAAGAUCCCCAACUGUAUCGAUCUCGAAGGUUACGCAACCUCGAUGGACGACGAAGGGCCCGAAACAGACGAAGAAGAUUUCGACCAUCAACAAGACCUGGAAACCAAUUUGUCUCAGGAUAUGGCAUCGCGCUUUGCUUGGAUUCCACAAGAGGACUCGAAUCAUACCAGUGUGGCCAUUUCACCAUCACGUUCACAGUCAGCAGAUUCGCGGGCAGAACACGAGGUUUUUCGUAAACGGUCUUUAACAGAAUCGCGGAGAUUGAGAGAGCUAAAUCUAUCACGGUCCAGCCCCCAGACCAUGUCCGGAUACUUGUGGAAGCAAUCGCGCAGGGAUCGCAACGUCUGGCGUAAGGUGCACAGUGUGUUGACGGACGAUUAUUUCUGGUUCGUUUCGCGAAUACAUCGCCGAUGCGGGUAUGCGUUUUCGCACCACGGCAGAGUCCGUCUGACUCGAGCGCUCCUGCUGGAACCGACCGCCGACUAUGCCCCUCUGUUCCGGACACCGCACGCAUUUGAGGUAGUAUCAGCUCGAGGCGCAUCCCAUACUUUCCGGGCGGCUGACAAAGCGACACAGAAGCAGUGGAUGGAAGCCAUUUCGGAUCGAAUUGUUCAAUCCUUCGAGAAUUCCUUGAUUGAGGACGCAGAUUUAAUAGUCACCGACGAGUCGCUUGCGCGAAACCGGAGAUGGAAUGCCACAGCAGUUGAUCCUUUAUUAGACACUGUGCGGAAGGAGGCUGAAGAAGAAAACGAUUUUCAUUGCAAACGCCUUCAAUUGCUUUUGAGAUGGGGAUUGCGGGUUGCUGAGUUCAAAGAGAUUUGUCGGUAUAUCUUCAACACUUUACCCGCCAAAAAACCUGUUGUGGUAACAUCGCCUGACAACCGACGAUCUUCAGCAGCAAAUGAUCGAGCUGCAGUUUCCCGUACAAUCACAUUAGACCCUAUGGAUAACGUUGUUGGUGACAUGAUCCGUGCAGCCUGGGAAAGCGCUGUGAUUUUGCUGCAAGAAGCUACCAGCGUCGUUCAUCUGGCGCAGCCGACCAAAUCGUCACACAGUGUGGAAACCCACUUUCGACACGUUGAUUACAUCAUAACGGGUCGACAUCAACAUACUUCAACCGCAGGAGAAAGUACUGACAACGAGCCAAUAAUUUCACACCAUGAGCCACCUCCGAUUGAUUUGUUUGAUCCGCUUUUGGCAGAGCUGCAAGUCUUUGUCAGGUAGGAAGAGCUCGCAUUUAGCAUGUUAUGGAGACAAAGUACAAUUCAGUAGUUGUUAAUUGUAAGAUGACAAAAGUCAAUCG